AUGGGCGCAAAGGAGGAGGAUGGCGGAGGAUUUGUUCCGCCCGCUGAGCGAGAGGCGUGGGUGCCCCCCCUGGCGGCGCAGCAGUGGGGGCAGACGACCACUGCGGGCAUCAUUGCCGGCAUGAUGCUGGGGGCCAGCCGAGAGGCCGCACGGACCCAGGCCUCCUCUCCGUUUUCAGUGCACCACAGCCACCGUCAGCAGCACACAACCCCGCCCUCCACCGCAGCAGCACCACCCCACGCCCCCCCUCACGCCCCCCCUCGCGCCUCCCCCUCGUCGCGCUACGCAGCAGCUCGCCUGGCAGCAGAGCAGCGGCUGGUGAGGGUGGUGAGGGCGUCAGUGGCGGGCGGGGCACAGCUGGGCGCGCUGGCAGGCGUCUUCUCCGCCUCUCAGCUGGGCCUCCGCGCACUCAUGCUGGCGUGGAGAGAGGAGCAGCAGGGGCGGAGAGAGGAGGGUGGAGCGCUCACACUAGCACAGAGAGAGGAGGGGGUGGCACAGAGGAGGCGCACACAUGAGGGCGGUGGCAGCAGUAGCAGUAGUAGCGGCAGCGGUAGCGGUGGUGAUGGUAGUGCCAGAAGUGGGGAAGCGGGGGGUGGGGAUGUGGGGAGGGACAGCAGGGGGGGGUGGCAGGGGGAGGAGUUGUGUGAGCCUGACGUGGCAAGCACUGUUGGCGCUGGUGCCAUCACUGCUGGGCUUGUGGGUCUAGUCGCCACCCAUGCCUUGCCUGCCCAUCGCCUCAAGGCGGCUGCUCUGCACACCAUCGCCGGUGCUGCCCUCGCAUUGCCCCUGGUGGCCCCUUCCCAUCAUCUCCCCCUCCCCAACCUGCUCCCCCUGCCCCCUCUCUCUCUCUGUGCCCCACCUGCAGCCAUCCUGCACUCAGCGCUCUACUCCUUGCUGCCCCAGCAGCACAGCACAGCAGCAACACACGACUUAUGA